GGAAUGUGGUAAAACUUUCCUUUAUCCUUCUUUGCUUAGAAUUCAUGAAAGAAUGCAUACUCGGGAAAAACCCUAAGAAUGUACAUAUUGUGGUAAAGAUAUCUCUCAACUAACUUACCUCCGUCGUCAUAAAAGAGCUCAUACUGGGAUAAAAUGCUAUGAAUAUAAGCAUUGUGAUAAAGGUUUCUAUUAUCUGUUUUCUCUCUAACAUGAAAGAACUCAUCCUGGGGAAAAACCCUAUGAAUGUAACCAUUGUGGUAAAGCUUUCUUUCAUCCAACUUCCUUCAGAAGUCAUGUAAGAGCUCAUAAUAAGGAAAAAUUCUAUGAAUGUAAGCAAUGUGGGAAAGCCUUCAGUUCUCUCUGCUCUCUUGGAAAACAUAGAAGAAAUCAUCAUAGAAAGAAGCCUUAUGAAUGUAAGGAAUGUGAUAAAACUUUUCUUUAUCCUUCUUUGCUUAGAAUUCACGAAAGAAUGCAUACUGGGGAAAAGCCCUAUGAAUGUAACCAUUGUGGUAAAGCUUUCUCUUAUCUAACUUCCCUCCAAUGUCAUGAAAGAACUCAUAAUAAGGAAAAACCCUAUGAAUGUAAGCAAUGUGGGAAAGCUUUCCGACAUCCCAUUCUUCUUAGAAAUCAUGAAGGGAUGCAUACUGGGGAGAAACCCUAUGAAUGUAAGCAAUGUGAGAAAACCUUCAGUUCUCCCAAUUCUCUUGCAACACAUAAAAGAAAUCACGAUGGAAAGAAGGCUUAUGAAUGUAAGGAAUGUGGUAAAACUUUCCUUUAUCAGUAUUCCCUUAGAAUUCAUGAAAAAAUUCAUACUGGGGAAAAACCCUAUGAAUGUAAGCAUUGUGGUAAAGAUUUCUUUCAUCGGAGUUCCCUACGACGUCAUGAAAGAACUCAUACUUGGGGAAAACCCUAUGAAUGUAAGCAAUGUGGUAAGACUUUUAGUUUUUCCAAAUCUCUUAGCAAUCAUGAAAGAACGCAUAUUAUGGAGAACACCUAUGAGUGUAAGCAAUGUGGGAAAGCUUUCAGAUAUUCCAUAUCUCUUAGAAAUCAUGAAAGAAUGCAUACUAGGGACAAAUCCUAUGAAUGUAAGCAAUGUGGGAAAGUUUUCAGACAUUCCACUUUUCUUAGUAAUCAUGAAAGAAUGCAUACUGGGGAGAAACCCUAUGAAUAUAAGCAAUGUGAGAAAGCCUUCAGUUCUCCCAAUUCUCUUGCAACACAUAAAAGAAAUCAUGAUGAAAAGAAGCCUCAUGAAUGUAAGGAUUGUGGUAAAACUUUCCUUUAUCCUUCUUUGCUUAGAAUUCAUGAAAGAAUGCAUACUGGGGAAAAGCCCUAUGAAUGUAACCAUUGUGGUAAAGCUUUCUCUUAUCUAACUUCCCUCCAAUGUCAUGAAAGAACUCAUAGUAAAGAAAAACCCUAUGAAUGUAAUCAAUGUGGGAAAGCUUUUCGACAUCCCAUUCUUCUUAGAAAUCAUGAAAGGAUGCAUACUGAGGAGAAACCCUAUGAAUGUAAGCAAUGUGAGAAAGCCUUCAGUUCUCCCAAUUCUCUUGCAACACAUAAAAGAAAUCAUGAUGGAAAGAAGCCUCAUGAAUGUAAGGAAUGUGGUAAAACUUUCCUUUAUCCUUCUUUGCUUAGAAUUCAUGAAAGAAUGCAUACUGGGGAAAAGCCCUAUAAAUGUAACCAUUGUGGUAAAGCUUUCUCUUAUCUAACUUCCCUCCAAUGUCAUGAAAGAACUCAUAGUAAAGAAAAACCCUAUGAAUGUAAUCAAUGUGGGAAAGCUUUUCGACAUCCCAUUCUUCUUAGAAAUCAUGAAAGGAUGCAUACUGAGGAGAAACCCUAUGAAUGUAAGCAAUGUGAGAAAGCCUUCAGUUCUCCCAAUUCUCUUGCAACACAUAAAAGAAAUCAUGACAGAAAGAAGCCUCAUGAAUGUAAGGAUUGUGGUAAAACUUUCCUUUAUCCUUCUUUGCUUAGAAUUCAUGAAAGAAUGCAUACUCGGGAAAAACCCUAAGAAUGUACAUAUUGUGGUAAAGAUAUCUCUCAACUAACUUACCUCCGUCGUCAUAAAAGAGCUCAUACUGGGAUAAAAUGCUAUGAAUAUAAGCAUUGUGAUAAAGGUUUCUAUUAUCUGUUUUCUCUCUAACAUGAAAGAACUCAUACUGGGAUAAAACCCUAUGAAUGUAAGCAAUGUAAAGCUUUCUUUUAUGCACAUUCCCUCUAAAGUCAAGAAAGAAUUCAUAAUAAGGGAAAACCCUAUUAAUGUAAGCAAUGUGGAUAAAACCUUCAGUUUGCUCACACAUCUUCAAAGACAUGAACAAACUCAUGAUGGGGGAAAACCUUAUGAAUGUAAGCAAUGUGGGAAAACUUUCUGUUGUACUUCACAUCUUCCAAGAUAUAAAAGAACUCAUGAUGGAAAGAAGCCUCAUGAAUAAGGAAUGAGCCAAGAAGAUCGUCAAAACUGCAAGCCACUGCUUUACUUCCAUUGAUGUCAGGUAUAGGCUUUACAGUUGUUCAGAAUUCAACAGUAAAGACCCAACAUAGGUUGGCUUUUCCUGCAAGCCUAUAGGUGUCCACCAGGCAACAAAUGCAGACUGUCAUGUUUGAGGCUUUUUUCUGAAGGGUACACACUGUUCUCUAGAUUGCAUUUGCAUGAGGUCUAAUUUGACUAGUAAUCAUCUUGUCCUGUUGGUUCUACUACUGACUGUGAUUCAGAUCCCACUGUGACAGCUGCAAUGGUGCAGUGCCAAGGAGCCCCGUGACAGUUUGUUCUUGUACCACCCUCUGCAGUGAGGGCUCUGAGCCAGUCCUUCCAUGUGAGAAUCAGCACUGUCCUCAUUUCAGGCAGAUUCUGGAUGUGUGCUGUCACUCAGAGAUGAGUGUUAGCUCAAUGUUUUCAUUUGUCUUUGGUUGUAUUGAUUAAAGUUAUGCAUUUUUCUGUAAUAAUUGCAU